GGAGUGGGCCUGCCCGGCGCUUUUAAUACAGAUGCGCCCCUCCGUGCGCCCUGCGUUCACCACCGAGCGUACACGGCAGAGCGGGGAAAGACAGAACCAGACAACACCAUGACUGCACCCAGCAACACCUACGAUGUUAUAGUGAUCGGCGGAGGCAUAUCGGGUUUGAGUGCAGCCAAGCUGUUAAAAACCAGCGGACUCAGCCCUGUCGUCCUGGAGGCCAGGGAUCGAGUCGGUGGUCGUACCUUCACUGUGCGGAAUAAGGAGACAAAGUGGGUUGAUCUGGGCGGGGCUUACAUUGGUCCGACUCAGAACCGCAUCCUCCGAUUGGCCAAGGAGUACGGCAUACAGACCUACAAAGUCAACGAGCAGGAGAGCCUGGUGCAUUAUGUCAAAGGAAAGUCUUACCCGUUCAAAGGCUCCUUCCCUCCCAUGUGGAACCCCAUCGUCUUGUUGGACUUCAACAACCUGUGGAGGACAAUGGACGAGAUGGGCAAAGAGAUCCCUAGAGAGGCUCCCUGGAGGGCUCCCCAUGCUGAGGAGUGGGACAAGAUGUCCAUGCAGCAGCUCUUUGAGAAAAUCUGCUGGACCAGAACUGUCCGCAAAUUUGCCACGCUGUUUGUCAACGUGAACGUGACCUCUGAACCCCACGAGGUGUCAGCUCUCUGGUUCCUCUGGUAUAUUAAACAGUGUGGGGGAACCAUGAGGAUCUUCUCCACCUCUAACGGAGGACAGGAGAGGAAGUUUGCAGGCGGCUCUGGUCAGAUCAGUGAGUGCAUGGCCAAAGACCUGGGCGACCGGGUGAAACUGGAGUCCCCAGUCUACAGGAUCGACCAGAGCGGAGACAUGGUGGUGGUGAAGACGCUGGACGAUCAGACCUAUACGGCCAAGUACGUGAUCUUGGCCACCCCUCCUGGUCUGAAUCAGAAGAUGCACUUUAACCCCGAGCUGCCUCCGCUGAGGAACCAGCUCAUCUCCCGCGUCCCCAUGGGCUCUGUCAUCAAAUGCAUGGUCUACUACAGAGAGAACUUCUGGAGGAAAAAGGGUUACUGUGGCAGCAUGGUGAUCGAGGAGGAAGGGGCUCCCAUUGGACUGACCCUGGAUGACACAAAGCCUGAUGGGACUGUACCUUGCAUUAUGGGAUUCAUCCUUGCCCGCAAGUGCCGACAGCUGUGUGUGCUGACCAAAGAAGAGAGGUUGAGGAGGAUUUGUGAGAUCUACGCCAAAGUGCUGGGAACAGAGGAGGCUCUGCAUCCGGUGCAUUAUGAGGAGAAGAACUGGUGUGAAGAGGAGUACUCUGGGGGCUGCUACACAGCCUAUUUCCCCCCAGGAAUCCUUACCCAGUAUGGCAAGGUGCUGAGAGAGCCAGUAGGCAAGUUGUACUUUGCAGGCACGGAGACGGCCACAGAAUGGAGCGGCUACAUGGAAGGAGCGGUGCAGGCUGGAGAGAGGGCAGCCAGAGAGGUCAUGUGUGCGAUGGGUAAAAUCCCGCAGAGUCAGAUCCUACAGAAGGAGCCUGAAUGUGUGGAAAUCCCUGCACUCCCCUUUGUCAUCACCUUCUGGGAGAGAAAUUCGCCUUCAGUGGGUGGGCUCUUGAAGCUGAUAGGAGUGUCCACCUUCCUGUCUGUUGCCACCGCAGCUGGCGUGGUGGCCUUCAAGAAGGGUCUCCUGUCCCGCAGUUAAACUGCCCACACCUGUCAUAUCUCUCCUCUGCGUCUUAAGGGGGCACAUCUCAAUAGAGACUGUACUUGUGUACUUCUAGUGCAUUACUUUAUGGCCUAAACUACAAAGUAGUGAACUAUAUAGAGUAUAGUAUACUGUUUGAGACUCACCCUGCUGUAAGAAAGACUGUUAAGCUCAAACUAAACACUAAUGCACCAUCACCCAGUGCACUGAUAUUAUGAAAGAGAGAGAGAGAAACAAAUAGAGUAACAGGCUGAUUAAAGGUUGAGAGAGACAGGUUUGAUAGAGAUGAAGAAGACCUAACAACAGUUUAAAUACUACAGUUUUAAGAUUCAGAUUGUAAAAAUGACAGAAAAAGAUAAGAAUCAAUUCUUAAAAGGAUAUAUACAUAUAUGUAUAUAACUAUUAUAUACUGUAUAUGACCAUUAAUAUUCCAUACAUUGCCAAUGAAAUUCACAACUUUGAUUACAUGAGUUUCUUAACCCUCUUGUUGUGUUUGUUUCAUGUUAAUUAAUUCUGUGUUCUCAGUCCAGAAUGACUGCUCCAUUAUGGCUGAUUAUGAAUCCAUAGUAAUACAUAUAUUAUCACCUAAUGGUGUGUUAGAUCUUUUUAUCAACGUCAGUUCUUAAGUUCAUUACAAGUUUUGAACUUGUAUUUGCUAUUCAUGGCCUGUAGGCCUCAUCGACCAGAGUUCAUAUAACUCACUUCUGAAUAAAAAAAACAUAAUGUGUGAAUUAUUUGUAUUUGGAAGAAAAGAGAAGUAGUUUGUGUGAGAGGAAGUGUCUCCAUCUGAUGAGUGGGCAUGUGCCUAAACUCAGUUUUACUCACUUUUGGCCAGAAACACCACACAUGUAGAAAAGUUAAAUGAAACACUGAAAACUGAAUGAAAAUUACCAAGUUAUUUUGUGUGUUUAGAUACUCUGUGUGUGGAACCUUUAAUAAUCAAUUAAAUUGAAUUAGCAAUAUUUUUCAGAGAUAACAUUUGAAAAUUGGUAUAAUUCGACCAGAACACAACAGGAGGGUUAAGUCAUCAUGCUUACUGUGUAUGUAUGUGCUGUAUUUGUAUGUCAGCAUGCAUUUGUGUGUGUGUGUGUGUGUGUGUGUGUGUGUGUGUGUGUGUGUGUGUGUGUGUGUGUGUGUGUGUGUGUGUGUGUGUGUCUAUGCGUGUGUGUCUGUGUCUAAUUACCUCUGCUGAUUUUAGGUGCUGAUUUAUUCUGGGCAAGCAGCUGUAGCUGUUUGAUGAUCCAGUAACAUCAGAAUAGAACAGUUGUGCCAUUGCCCAUUACAAAAUUACAGGGGAGGUUAAAGGAUAAGUCUGGAGAUAUUCUGUAUUUUUCUUAUGUCAACAAACCAACUUUACAACAACAGGCUAAAAGCAAUGAACAGAUCCCACUACAAGUGUUGCCUGUGUAGCCAAAGCCUGAACUAAUGUGCCAUUUGUGCCAUAGAGCUCCAUUGUGUCACACAUCAAUGAGCCACACUGGACUAUAUCUUUCUUCACUGUGACGAACAUGGGCACUGCAGUUUAUUUUAAUUCAAUCCCAAACAGCCUGCUGUAAGUGAUCUAAGAACAUGACGAACUAGACAGAACAGGGACUGUAGAUUUAGUCCCCCAUCACUUACACUGUAAGUGCAUUAUGAAGGGAUCUUUUAAUGUGGAGAAUGAAAAGAAGGGGAAAUUAUGUUCAUUUGGGUCCCUGACUGUGGUUUUCAGGCAGACUUGACAAAUUGUGAACUUAUCCUUUAACACAAUUCUCAUUUUCUCUUAUCUCUUUACAUUAAUGAAUCAUUCAUCAUCAGUUUGUGAUCCAAUUUUAAAGAUUUACAUUAAGAGCAACAGCCAGGGGCAAACACGGUAGGGAAAUUGGAAGCUAUUGGCAGACACACUAAUUCAUUGUUAGUUUACAUGGGAUUUGUUGACAAUAACAAACGUUUGUAUGAAGAAGGAGAAUAAUACAGCCAGCCUUAUCCUUAAGUGAAAAACCUGUAUUUAGGGGUAAUGUCGUGCUACUAAGCUGCUCUGUAUGGUUGUCUUUCAGUAAAUGUAAUGAAAGCAUUCGAAUGUAAUUUCUUCAGAUGAGAUAACACAUAAUAUUUGUUGCUGUUUUAUUAUAAUCAGAAUUUUGACAGGUAUAUUCUUUACUUUUUGUGAUUCAUGAUUUAGAUUAACACAAGGUUUAGUACUAUACUACCAAAAAAAAAUGUUUUUAAAGCCCAAAACUGACAUUUGCUCUAUUGUUGGAAGUCACUUUGGAAUCAUUGACCACAUUUGUAUAUCAGUGUGAAUUGGAAACAUGUGACCAGCCUUCUUCUUUGCAGGCAUCCAAUAAUCCAUUGACUUACCUUGUUGCACCUACAGUAGAAGCUUUAUUGUGUUAUUCACUCAUAGAGAAUCUAAUGAAUCACAGAAGAUUUAGCUUAUGUUUUAAAUGAAAUGUUUUAUUGUUUCUUUUGUAAAUUGUUUUUCCUUGAGAAAAGAAAAUUGCCUCUUUUUGAGAUAAAC